AUGGAGUUUGUUUUGCAAUUUGUUCAUCCUUCAACCAUUCUUUUUCUUCUCCUCCCUAUCUCAGUCUUCUUCGUUGUUUUCAUACCUUACCUAUGGAAGAAGCUCCCUUACCCACCAGGCCCAAAGGGGCUACCCAUCGUAGGAAAUUUGUUCAUGAUGGAUCAACUUACACACCGUGGUUUGGCUCAACUUGCCAAACAGUACGGUGGGCUUUGUCAUCUCCGAAUGGGUAUGCUACAUAUAGUGGCUGUGUCUACACCAGAAAUGGCCCGUGAAGUGCUCCAAGCCCAGGACGGUGAUUUCUCUAACAGGCCCGCAAACGUGGCAAUUACUUACUUAACAUAUGAUCGAGCUGACAUGGCUUUUGCAAACUACGGCCCGUUUUGGCGACAAAUGCGUAAGAUUUGUGUGAUGAAAUUGUUUAGCCGAAAACGGGCCGAAUCAUGGGCUUCCGUACGCGAAGAGGUUGAAGGAAUGGUCCAAACCGUGGCAAGUAAAAUUGGCUCACCUAUUAACUUGGGUGCGAUGAUUUUCGCUCUAACUAGGAGCAUCACCUUUAAGGCCGCGUUUGGGGCUAGCUUAAAUGAAGGACAAGAGGAAUUCAUGAAAAUCUUGCAAGAGUUCUCAAAGCUCUUUGGAGCUUUCAACAUUGCGGAUUUUAUUCCAUGGUUAGGUUGGUUUCAUGCACAAGAGUUUAAUAAAAGAAUGGCAAAUGCACGACAAGCACUUGAUGUUUUCAUUGACCAGAUUAUUGAUGAUCACAUGUCAAAGAGGAAAAACAUGAAGCAAAAGAGCGUCGAGAACGAAGUGGAUUCAGAUAUGGUUGAUGAGCUAAUGGUUUUCCUUUAUGAGAAAGAUGGUGACACUACUCACUCAGAUAAUCCUCCAUUGAUGCUUAAGUUGACCAGAGACAACAUCAAAGCUCUUAUCAUGGACGUCAUGUUUGGGGGAACAGAGACAGUAGCAUCAGUGGUAGAAUGGACCUUAGCAGAGCUGAUGAAGAGUCCAGUGGAUCUCGAAAAGGUCCAACAAGAGCUAUUGGAUGUAGUGGGCUUGGGCCGAAGAUUCAAUGAAUUUGAUCUUGAAAAAUUGACAUAUCUUAAAUGCGCUAUCAAAGAAACCUUGCGACUACACCCUCCAAUUCCACUUCUUCUACAUGAGGCUGCAAAGGAUAGUGUUCUUGCAGGUUACGCUAUUCCAAAAGGAACUCGUGUUUGGAUCAAUGCAUGGGCCAUUGGUCGUGACGAGAUGGCAUGGGAUGAACCAGAGAAAUUCAACCCAUCGAGGUUUUUGAAUGAUGACAUGCCAGAUUUUAAAGGGGGAAAUUUUGAGUUUAUUCCUUUUGGGUCAGGUCGAAGGUCAUGCCCAGGAAUGCAACUUGGCCUCUAUGCUGUAGAAAUGGCUGCGGCUCACUUGCUUCAUUGUUUCAAAUGGGAGUUACCCAAUGGAAUGAAACCCAGUGAGCUUGAUAUGAAUGACGUGUUUGGCCUCACUGCACCAAGAGCUGUUCAACUUGUUGCGGUACCUAGUUAUCGUCUAAAGUGUCCUCUCCAUGAAUCAUAG